AUGGCAUUGCUUGAUGGAGUAACCUAUGGUCAAAUGGGCUCCGUUAGAUACAAAAUGUUUGUUAGUACAUGGAAUGUUGGAGGGAUACCGCCCACUGAUGAUCUGGAUUUGGAGGAUUGUUUGGACACCGGAAAGAGCUCGUAUGACAUCUAUGUUCUUGGGUUCCAGGAGAUCGUACCACUUAGCACCAGGAAUGUUCUUGGUCCUGAAAAGAUUCAGAUUUCCAUGAAGUGGAAGUCACUGAUAGGUGAAACACUAAACAAGUCCCUCCACGAUCGAAAGAGGAUCCAGAAGUGUGAGCCAUUGGAGCAUGAUAAGGAUGGCCACCAAAGAGAGAGCAAUGCCCGAGAGUUCAGAUGCGUUGUGAGCAAGCAAAUGGUUGGAAUUUUAGUCUCGGUAUGGGUCAGGAAAGAUCUCCGGAACUACAUCAGUAAUCCAAGAGUCUCAUGCAUUGGUUGUGGCAUCAUGGGCUGCUUAAGGAAUAAGGGUUCAGUAUCUGUUAGAUUUUGCUUACAUGAAGCAAGUUUCUGUUUUGUCUGCUGCCAUUUGGCUUCGGGAGGAAAAGAAGCAGAUGAGAUGCGUAGGAAUUCAAAUGUGAUGGACAUAUUGUCAAGGACGUGCUUUUCUAGUGACGCUUCUAAUGAUCUGCCAAAGAAGAUCCUCAAUCAUGAUCGUAUAGUGUUGUUUGGGGAUUUGAACUAUAGGAUCUCAAUGCCGUAUGCGGAGACCAAGACGCUCGUGGAGCAGAAGCAGUGGAAUGUGUUGUUAGAUAAAGAUCAGCUAAGGUUUGAGUUAUCCGACGGCCGAGCAUUGGAAGGUUGGAACGAGGGCGUGAUCACGUUCUCUCCCACGUACAAGUAUCUUCCAAACUCCGAUGAGUAUUGCUGGCACGUUCAUGGUAGAAAUGGAGAACGAAGACGUGCUCCUGCAUGGUGCGAUCGAAUACUAUGGCUUGGUGAAGGAUUGAAGCAAAAGCGGUACGACCGAUGCGAGGUGAAGUUUUCGGACCGCCGACCGGUGCGAUCAAUCUUCACUACCGAAGUCGACGCCCUGCAAAUUUGA